UCUUCAUUGUGACAGACAAUGCAACAAAUUUCUUACUAAUCGAGAGAGACAUCUUGAUUGAUUUUUUGCGAUAAAUCGCGGUAAAACGCAGAUUAACGUCUUAAGAAUUUUGAUUAAUCUUACUUUAAUUCGAGGAGCUCUGCUCUUAUCUAUCCAUCGAAGUACGUUCUGCAUAAGACGUGCAUAUAAAUACGGGACGAAAUUUUGGAAAAGACACAAACCGUAAGAAGUCGAACCAACCAACAUGUUUCAACUGUGUCUACUCGCCUUGGUGGCGAUCGCGUCAGCGAACCCGUUGAACGAAAUCAUCCGCCUGAAUCCGUUGACACCGAGCGGACAGAUAAUCGGUGGUACGGACGUGAAAAUCGAGAAGGUGCCUCAUCAGGUGUCCCUUCAAAGUUCCGGUUUCGGCUUCUGCGGUGGUAGCAUCAUCUCCGAGCAGUGGGUGGUCACCGCCGCCCAUUGCAUGGCCUCUUACCCGGCCGAUUGGGUGACCGUGAGGGCAGGCACCGCCACCAAAUCGUCCGGUGGCAGUGUUCACAAAGUCGCGGAAGUGAUCACUCACGAGAACUACGUGACCAACUGGCGCGGAAUUCCGGAGAACGACGUGGCCCUGUUGCGAGUGAGCACUCCCUUCAAACUGGACAAGACUCGCAAGCCCGUCAAGCUAUUCAAGCAAGGAGAGGAAGCGACGGCUGGAGUGCGAGCGAUCAUCACCGGAUGGGGCGCGAUCAAAGAGGGUUCCAGCACCACUGACGUACUUCAAACCGUCACCGUGCCGAUCGUCUCCAAGAGUUCCUGCGACACCGCCUACCAAUCGUACGGUGGUCUUCCCAAGGGACAGAUUUGCGCGGCCGUUCCCGAAGGUGGCAAAGACGCUUGCCAAGGUGACUCUGGCGGUCCAUUGACCAUCGGUGGACGUCUCGCUGGACUCGUGUCAUGGGGCUACGGUUGUGCCAGACGAGGAUAUCCCGGUGUUCACACCGAGGUUGCCGCUUACAGCGAUUGGAUCUCAGCCAAGACCGGAAUUAAACUCUUAAUCAAAAUAAUUGUAAUAAAGUUACUUUCGAAUUACAUUCGAUCCAUCGAUAACAGCAAGCAUAAAUUACGCAAUCGGUACUUAAACUUCACUUUACGAAAACUAACAUUCGCGAGUAGAGGCACUUUCACUAUGGAUAACUUACCCUUCUGUGGCAUUCUUCUUUUGUUGCUACGACUGGGAACGGGUGGACUAGGACAGUCCUCGGUAGAUCGAAUCGUCGAUGGAGCACCUAUCGAUAUUACAGAAGUACCGUACAUGUUGUCGUUAAUGAUUAACGAUAAUCACGCAUGCGGCGCUGCUAUUAUCGAUAAAGAAUGGGGACUAACGGCUGCUCAUUGCGUUAUUCCAAUCAUCAACGAUCCUAGCCUAUCGGUAAGCACUCGUUCUGGAUCCAACUAUUACGACAUUGAGGGGGUGGUCCACAAUGUAACGUUACUUUCUUAUCACGAAAAAUACGACGAGAGUACUAACAAGUACGACAUUGCGGUGUUCAAAGUAAAUCCACCAUUUGAAUUUAACAACGAUACACAACCGAUAAGACUACCAGAGAAUCCUGAACUCUUCGACACUAAAUGGGGUUUAAUUUCUGGUUGGGGCUACUUUAUAAACGAAAAUCCGCUACUGUCCGAACAUCUUCAAUACGUUAUGGUACCAAAAGUAAGUUGGGAUGACUGUGUCAAAGAGUACGAGAACAGAUUCGAGGUAACGUCGUAUCAAGUGUGUUACGGAUUUAAACAAGGAGGGAAAGAUGCGUGUAAGGGUGACUCGGGUGGCCCGUUAGUUAACAAUUUUACCGUGAUCGGUAUAACAUCAUGGGGAGCUGAAUGCGGUCUAUCACACUCGCCUGGUGUCUAUACAGACGUCAGGCAUUUGGUAGAUUGGAUUAAAAAUAAAAUUACCAACUCUUAAUUGAUCUGCAACGCGUCGUUUUAAUAUAUUCGAUGUACCCAAUAAAAUUGGCAAUUUUAUUUCA